GGCUCACUGGGAAAUUGGUAGUGCUGUGGAUUAUGUUGGGAAGUGUGUAUUGAAAGGAGAAUGAGUGAUUUUCAGCAAUUUUUGCAACCCCUAGUGCUGUUUUGCCGAUGAUUGUAGCGACUGGGAAGAAUAUUAAUGAUCUCGGUGAUUUUGAUGCGUGUAGUCUUCACUCAGAUACAGAUUAUGGACUUUUCUAUCUUAAAGGUGCCCCAAUAUAUCUUGGGUUAUGAGUCCCAUCAAUUUGAAAAAAUGAAGAUCUGCAAAUCGUAGCUGAUGCAUUGACAAAAUUGAUAGAAAAGAUUCCAUCUCCUGUACCAAUACAAGCAGAAGGAGUCAUUCAUUUCCCAAACAAAGAAGUCCCCACUGUCUCAGCUGGCCAUGUCUUCGGAUUCAUCGGCUUCGGCCUCCUCGGUGUUUGCCUCAUUCUUGGUCUCUUUGUUGAGUACACUUCGCUCUUCAGCACUCAACUCACAUUCGGAGAUGACAUGAACGAAUCCCAACAAGACAAAGCCUUGAUCAAGUCAAAGACUCUAUUAGGCAAGACCCUACUUGCAUUCUCACCAGCAAGAAAUCUGAGAAAAAUGUUUUAUACUCCUCAGAGGGAUGAUGACUAUUUAACAGUCUUGAAUGGAGUCAGAGUCAUCAGUAUGUACAUGGUAAUUCUUGGACACACGGGUAGCAUUAUGGUAAGUGCAGGAGUAUCUAAUCCUCAAUCUAACCUUGAUUUGCUAUCAUCCUGGUGGGCUAUCUUGAUCGGAGCAGGAUUUUACUCAGUCGAUACUUUCUUCUUCAUCUCUGCUUUCUUGGCUACCUACUUGAUGAUUGACAAAUUUCAUGGUAAAAAGAUCUUCAAUAUCCCGAUGGUGUACUUUCACAGGCUUCUCAGAGUAAUCCCAACUAUUCUGAUGCUGACAGCUUUCUUGCUGACCUUCUUUGAGUUCAUGGGCUCAGGCCCGUUAUGGAAGCCAUUUGUUGAUCAAGAAUCUGCCAACUGUAGGAAAUCAUGGUGGGUCAACAUAGUUUUCAUGACGUCAUGGUAUAAUUCUCCUAGAUGCUUCGGCCAACUUUGGUACUUGUCAAAUGAGAUGACUUAUUUCCUCCUUGUGCCUUUCAUUGUUCUGGCGUAUCUCAACUCCAAGCUUAUUGGCUACAUUGUCAUAGGGUUCUUUAACCUGAUCUCGGUGAUUCUUCCGUUCGUGUUCUCUCACAUCAGAGGGCACGGGAUCACCAUCCUGAACACGCCUGCUGUAGCAUAUGUAUCUGAGAUCUAUCUUUACCCUUACACCAGAAGUGGAUCUUAUGCAGUAGGCGUGUUGUUCGGAGUGCUGUACUUUGAAUGGAACAAGUCAAGGACAGAUCCUAGAUACAAAUUAACGAUGGGAGCCAGAUUUUAUGACAAGAUUAGAGAGUCAACUAUUGUUUGCUAUACAUGCUUGAUUAUCCCUUCACUAAUAAUGCUUUCCUUUAUCAUACUCCCAAGAGUUGAACUCAGAGACUUAUACAAUAGGCAUAUUAGUCAGAUUCCGAGCGAUUUCUUCAAUGCUUUCCACAGAAGUGGAUUCGUUACUGCUCUGGCGUUUUUCCUAGCUCCGAUGCUAGUAGGAAGAAUGAGCUUUAUCAAAGAUGUAUUUGGAGGCAAACUUUGGGCUCCAUGGGCUAAAGUAACAUUCAUGUCAUUUUUAAUACACCUAAAUAUCCUAGGGUGGUAUUUCUAUCAAUCCAAGGGAGCUCUUUUUCUUGAUGGGCCUGCGAAUAUAUUCUACUCACUUGGAUUUUUCUUGAUCACAGUCAUAAUAUCGGUUCCAUUCUCGAUCUCUCUGGAAUCCCCGAUACUUCAGUUGGAAAGACUAGUUUUAUUCCCUCCAAAAGUAAAGCCACAAGCAGUCUCCUCUCAAAACUAUUUGAUCAAUGAGACUAAAGACUCUCUAAACACCAAAGAAGAAAGUAAGAGUCUAAAAAUUAUGGAUAACUAGGAUUUCAACCGA